AUGGGCACGGUGCUGUCGCUGUCGCCCGGCGGGCCGGGCAAGGGGGUCUUCGGCGAGAAGGGCCGGGCGCAGGGCAAAGGCGAGAGCCGCCUGAAGCGGCCCGGCGUGCUCAUCUCGGCGCUGGCGUGGAAGCGCCUGGUGGCCGCGUCGGCCAAGAAGAAGAAGGGCGCCAAGAAGGCGACGCCCAAGCCCGCCGCCGACGCCUCGGUGCAGCAGCGCAACCGCGAGAACGCGCGCAAGUCGCAGCCCGACGGCGCCAAGCCGGGCCCUCUGGCCGUGCCCGUGCCCACCGUGCCGCCCUCCUCGGCCCCGGACGCCGCCGCCAAGCCCCCGCCCCCCGCCGGCUCCCCGCGCCGCGUGAUCGUGCAGGCUUCCACGGGCGAGCUGCUGCGCUGCCUGGGCGACUUCGUGUGCCGCCGCUGCUACCGCCUCAAGGAGCUCAGCCCCGGCGAGCUCGUCGCCUGGUUCCGCGCCGUCGACCGCUCGCUGCUGCUGCAGGGCUGGCAGGACCAGGGCUUCAUCACGCCCGCCAACCUGGUCUUCGUCUACCUGCUGUGCCGCGAGGCGCUGCGCGGCGACCGCAUCGGCAGCCAGGCCGAGCUGCAGGCCGCCUUCCUCACCUGCCUCUACCUGGCCUACUCCUACAUGGGCAACGAGAUCUCCUACCCGCUCAAGCCUUUCCUGGUGGAGGGCGACAAGGAGCGCUUCUGGGACCGCUGCCUCGCCAUCAUCCAGGGCCUGAGCUGCAAGAUGCUGCAGAUCAACGCCGACCCGCACUUCUUCACGCAGGUCUUCCAGGACCUCAAGAACGAAGGCGAGGGGGGGCCCGCAAAGGACUCCAGCGCUAGCAAACACUGGACUAUAAACCUGGAUCGCUAAGAGCUCUCUCUCUCUCUCUUUUUAACCUUCUCCC